AUGGAAAUCAGACAUAUAGUUCUUCUGAGCUAUGGAAAUAUUGAUAGAAUCAACCAGCAGGUGAUGUGUGAUGGGUGCCUUGUACUUAACUCCCCUUGGAGCGAUUCGUCUCCAGAAACUAAGAUGAAGAGGAAUGGAGACGAGCUAACCAUUGAAUCUAAGGAAAUGGUUCUUAAGGUCAUCAAUGGAAAGAUUGUUUAUAUAGAAGCUGUUUACUUGAUAGACAGCAAAGUUGAGUUUGUAGAGCUCACUCUUUCUCCUCAUCCAUACGAUUUUUUUUUGUUGAAGAAGCACUUUCUUUCCAGGUUGAAGGGGACGCCUUCUAACUCUACAGAUAAAGAGGUAGUGUACCUAAGGAAAAGAAGGAUAGGACGCUUCGUCAUACCUGUAUUUUUAUAUUUGUUAAAAACGACUAUCGAAUAUCUUUUUGUUGGUAUUCCACAGCACAUGGUUGAUUACAUAGUGAAUUGCUCAACUGAGGAGAAACGGAUUAUAACUAUAAAGACAACGUUGGGUACUUACAUAAAGUUCUUCUGCUCCAUCCAAGGUGCAUUUCUGAGAUUAGGAUUUCCAAUUGUAUUCAUCGAUGAGAUUUUUGUUGUUCCAACCACCAUGUAUCUGUCUGCCUUCUCAUACGCAUGUUCUUUCUUAGCAAGAUCGCUAAUAGAAUCCAUCCACCUCCUAAACAACAGCAGUUACAAUCCUCUAAAAAGACGAAGAGAUUCUGUAAUUCUUAAUACAGAUCAAAUAUUCAUGUCCGCAUUGAUUUUUUCAUUUAUUCUUCUGAUCAUGUUCAACAUUGUGCAUUUCUACAUCCUUUGCAGCUUCAUGAGCUUGUGCCUGGUAGGUCUGAAAUUUAUUACCGACUUCAUAGACUUUGUACUGAUGGACAUCUCAAAGUGUCGUACAUAUACUCUUUCAAUAAAUUACGACAGAAUGCCUGCAGUUGAGCUCAGAUACACUAAGGUUUCUGUUUAUGACAGAAUUAAGCUUGCAGUACAAGCAAGUCUCCUGUCUUUGGAAUCGUUCAAAGAUAAUAUUCUAGUCAAGCUUCUACUUGGAAUAAAAUAG